GCUGUUAACCGGGAAAAGCAAUUGCCGGUUCUCUGCUGCACUUUCCUCACGCUGUCAGAGUGUGAGAAAAGUACUGCCGAGAACCGGCAGUUGUCAGAGCAGGGAUCGGCACCGAUCAUCAGGGCACUGAUGAUCAGUGCCCUGAUGAUCGGUGCCCAGCAGUUCCACCCAUCAGUUCCGCCCACCUUUGUGCCAGUCAGUGCUUAGCAGUGCCGCCAGUCAGUGCCCAGCAGUGAUACCAGUCAGUGUCACCUAUCAGUGCCACCUAUCAGUGCCGCCUAUCCGUGACACCUCAUUAG